UAGGAUUCCACAGCUAAGGCAGCAUAGGCAAUGCCCAGGUAUUCUAAGAUCUUUUUUCCCCCCACCCCAUCUCCCCAAUUCUCUUUGUAAAACCUGACGCCUGGGAAAGAACUCGAAUUCUCAGUAAGGAAAUUAAGAGGUUGCCACAGGAAUGCUGAGCUGGCCUGACAUUGCACGUUCACAUCUGGAAUUCCCUUUUUCUUCUUCGCUCCCUUCCUUCUUUAGAUGUGCUCCUGCCAUUCAUUGCUCCAAGGUCUUGGGGGCUGGUGGUUUGAGGCUCUGGGUUUACUCUGGCUCCUAAAUGGUGGCCAUUAGCUGGCUGCUUAAUUCCCAUGUUGGAAUUCUCUACCUUCCCAUCAUCCAUCCCCUCAUGACUUGACUCGGUGAACACAUUUGCUCUUGAAACAGUUUUCCACGUUGGAAUUCUCUACCUCCAUGUGAUAUGAUUGGCACGUCAGUCACCAUCUGACCAGCUCCACUGGACCUACCAUGCUUCUCCUCCUCCUGGGUCUGAUGGCAGGAACCUGCCUCUCCUCUUUACCAGAGCAGGAGAAGAACCCUCAGUACUGGUGGGACCAGGCACAGCAGACCCUGCAGCACGCCCUGAAGCUUCAGGAGCUCAACACCAACAUAGCCAAGAAUGCGAUCAUGUUUCUGGGCGAUGGAAUGGGGGUGUCCACCGUGACCGCUACCCGGAUCCUCAAAGGCCAGCUGCACCACAUGUCCGGGGAGGAAUUCCAGCUUGAAAUGGACAAGUUUCCUUUCGUUGCCCUGUCCAAGACGUACAACACCAAUGCCCAGGUUCCUGACAGUGCUGGGACGGCCACCGCCUUCCUCUGUGGAGUGAAGAGCAAUCACGGCACCGUCGGCGUGAGUGCCGCCGUCACCCGAUCACAGUGCAACACCACCAAGGGCAACGAGGUCACCUCCAUCUUGCGUUGGGCCAAGGAUGCAGGCAAAUCUGUGGGCAUCGUGACCACCACCCGAGUGAGCCACGCCACGCCUAGUGCCGCGUACGCCCACUCAGCCGACAGGGAAUGGUACUCGGACAACGAGAUGCCCCCCCAGGCCCUGACCCAGGGCUGCAAGGACAUCUCCUACCAGCUCAUCCACAACAUCCCAGAUAUCGAGGUCAUCCUGGGUGGAGGCCGGAAAUACAUGUUCCCCAAGAAUACACCUGAUGUGGAGUAUAAAGAUGAUGAGAAGGCAAGUGGUACAAGGCUGGACGGGCAGUUUCUCACCAAUGUCUGGAAGGACAAGAAGCCUCGAAACAAGAAUGCUCACUAUGUCUGGAACCGCACGCAGCUGCUAGAACUGGAUUUGGACCGUGUGGAUUUCCUCCUAGGACUUUUUGAACCAGUGGAUAUGACCUAUGAACUCAACAGAAACAACCAGACAGACCCAUCACUGACCGAGAUGGUGGAGGUGGCCAUUAAGAUCCUGAAAAAGAACCCUAAGGGUUUUUUCCUGCUGGUAGAAGGAGGCAGAAUUGACCACGGCCACCAUGAAGCAAAGGCCAAGCAAGCUUUGCAUGAGGCGGUGGAGAUGGACCGGGCCAUCGGGCUCGCUGGUGCCCUGACUUCCGAGAACGAUACCCUGACUGUGGUUACAGCUGACCACUCCCAUGUCUUCACCUUUGGUGGCUACACUCGCCGGGGGAACUCCAUCUUUGGGCUUGCCCCCAUGUUGAGUGACAGAGAUAAUAAACCCUUCACCUCUAUCCUGUACGGUAACGGCCCUGGCUACAGGAUUGUGGCUGGUGAGCGGGAGAACAUCUUCACUGUGGAUUAUGCUCACGAAAACUACCAGGCGCAGUCAGCGGUGCCCCUGGGCUCUGAAACUCACGGGGGCGAAGAUGUGGCCGUGUUUGCCAAGGGCCCCAUGGCUCACCUCCUGCACGGCGUCCACGAACAGAAUUACAUCCCACAUGUCGUGGCCUACGCAUCCUGCAUCGGGGCCAACAAGGACCACUGCAAAACCUUCUCAUCAUCAGCCGGGCUGGCCCCACAACCGGCGCUGUUCUCGGGCCUUCUCACAAUCUUCCUUCUGCUCAGCCUCUUAUUCUAAGGGCAGCCAUCUCCCGGCCCAGGACAGCCAGCUCUUGCCACCCACAGCUGGGGCCCCGGAUUCCCUUUCUGACGUUGCCGGGCCUGGAGCCUCCAUGCCCAUCAUCAGCCUUGCUUCCGGAGUGUCUUGGGGCAAACGUCCCUUGUCAAUAUGGGGCAAAGCUGUCCCAGGUGGCAGCGGCUGAAGGCCCCACUGCUGCCCAUGGCUAGAAGCUGCCGGGCCACAUUCUGAUAUCCAACACCUAGAAGGAACUUGGGGGGCCCCACAAAACCAAAGUCUGAGCGUAAUCCGCCUAACUGUGGGACAUGAAACUUUGAAGCAGCAGAAUUCUGAGAUGGAGCAAGGAGCUCUGCAGGCCUGUUCUGUCACCGUGUCCGGGCACUCUGGCCCUCACUUGCCUACAGCUGCCCCAGAGGAAAAGGGAACACCCACCCUGACUGACACAUGGGUCCCCUCUCCCAUCGUCCCCUGGGGAAAGCACAGAUCUGUUUGGGAAACGAAUACCCUCCUGCCCUGCAGGGAGCUGAUGGCUUCUCCCUCGCCACCUUAAGUGGAACAGAUUCCUCACCCUUGCCCUAGGGAGUCGCUUUGUCCACCCUUCUUGUCCCCCAAUUUUAGCCCACGAGACGCUAGCUGUACCCAGGAGGGCAGGUGGGAGGAGAGUACCAGGACUCGCUGACCCCCCACCCCCCACCCCGCUUGGGGCUAGGUGUAGGGGACGCCCAUGGUUCUUGUCCUUCCUGCAGACUCCCAGGCCCACAGUCUGCACCCCAUCUCCACCUCCCAGAAUAGAGGGCCCGAGGGGAUGGGACCCAGCUCCCUGCAGUCUCCAUCACUGAUCAUCCCUGAGGGGCAGCAAUCUAGAAAGAGGGUGAGGGUCAGGGCCUGAGGGCCCCGACUUGGGUCAGUCCUGGGGUAGGACAGGCUCCCCUCUUCUUUUUCCCCUCCUCCCCCAUCUAGUCCCCAGCAUGGGUCCAGCCUUCCACCUUCAAGAAAAGGGGGCAGACCCACUAUGACUUGAGAGGGAAAGAGGGGGACACUAAAGUGGGGCAGUGAACAGGGAUGGGGCAGGGCUUCCAGGACAGCCAUCUCUCUUCUUCCUUGUUGCUGUUUUUGCCAUUUUUAUUCUCCCACAAAAUCCUGUUAAUAAAAAAAUUUUCCAAAAUG